AUGGGAAAUGAUAUAACCCAAGAAAAGAACGAAGAUGCAAAUGGAAUACAAGAAGAAACAAACACAGUAGAAGGCACGCCAACGAGCCUCUAUGGAGAAAGUGACAUCAUUGAAGAGGAAAGAAGCAUAGUUCGUGUGAAGGUUCAGCAGAAGAAAGGAACAAAGAAGGUAACAAUCAUUGAAAACAUACCAAAAGAGCUUAGGGAAAGUCUUUUGUCCUCUCUCAAAAAGGAGAUGGGUUGUGGAGGAAUACUCCUUGACGAUAAGUCGUCGAUCCAACUCCAGGGAGAUAAAACAAAUAUGGGAAUUGCCACCUAUUUAAAAAGAUAUAUUAAAGGUUGCAAGGUCGAAUUGAAUGGCCGGAUCAGAUGA